AUAACAAGUAGAUGGCCCAGUGACUGUCUCAACCUUAGUUUUUAAAAAAGCAGAAGCAGAAGCAGCAUCAGCAUCGAGUAUCCUCUUCCUUCUCCUUCUUCCGCAUCAACUCGUCUUAUUAGAGUUUUUACUAAUCAAUUAUGGCUUACGAGAUAACCGAGAUAAAGAAGAUUGGUAUAGGCCUAAUUGGUUUCGGCUUAUUUUUCACAUUUCUUGGCAUAAUUCUUUUCUUUGACCGUGGUUUGCUUGCUCUGGGAAAUAUUUUUUCCUUGGCAGGGGUUGGCAUUUUGCUUGGUUGGCGUUCCACGUGGGCACUUUUCACUAAUAGAGCCAACUUUAAGGGUUCUGCAUCAUUUCUUCUAGGUCUCUUUUUCAUCUUUGUGAGGUGGCCAAUUGUUGGUAUAAUACUUGAAAUAUACGGUUGUGUUUUUCUCUUCAGUGGAUUUUGGUCAUCUAUCAAAGUGUUCCUCUACCAUAUCCCUGUUGUUGGAUGGAUUAUACAGUUUAUCUCUCCUCCUUGAUUGUCACAGAAGGGAUUUAACGGAUAGCCUCUUAGUAUAUGGCUAAUCAUGGGUUUCGAUUGUCUUGGUAAUUUUUCCAAUGACUUGUGUAUGAAUGCAAUGUCUUGGCUAGUUUUUCCAAGAGUUUGCAUCAGGCAAAUUAGCUUCCUUUAGUGAGAAGUAUCGCAGCAUGCAAUUUAUGUAAAAGAGUUGGUACUUGGUAGGCUAAUUUUGUUGUUUCAAGGCUCAUAUAUACAAGCUGGUUAUGCUGUUCAGGCUCGCUACUGAUGUCAGACUGAACAUAUGUUUACUUUUGGCUUUAUGCGCCUUGUCAUUGUCAAGACCUCGCCAAAGGAUGUUGAAAUUCUUUUUGUAUAUUUUUGGUUUAUGAAAGAUUCACGGGUUAUUAGUGUUAGUGU